UCUUGCUGCUUCCCAUAGACGUCAUUUCCGGUGUUAUCUGUGUUGUUACCGGGAGCUGUAAACAAGGUGUGCAGAUAUCUGGAGAGCUGUCGGGAUGCAGCAGAGCGGAGCCGCGGCUGGAAGCCGUGGCUGCGCUCUCUUUCCGCUGCUGAGCGUCCUAUUCUUCCAGGGUGUUCACAUUGUCAUUUCCUUGGAGAUUAAUGCAGACACUCAUGUCCGAGGUUACGUAGGAGAAAAGAUCAAGCUGAGAUGCAUGUUCAAGUCAACUUCUCAUGUCACCGACAAACUGACCAUAGACUGGACGUAUCGCCCUCCCAGCAGCAGUCGCACAGAAUCUAUUUUUCAUUAUCAGUCUUUCCAGUACCCAACCACAGCAGGCACAUUUCGGGAUCGGAUUUCCUGGGCUGGCAAUGUAUACAAAGGGGAUGCAUCCAUAAGCAUAAGCAACCCUACUCUAAAGGACAAUGGGACAUUCAGCUGUGCUGUGAAGAAUCCCCCAGAUGUGCACCAUAAUAUUCCCCUGACAGAGCUAACAGUAACAGAAAGAGGUUUUGGCACCAUGCUGUCCUCUGUGGCCUUGCUUUCCAUUCUCGUGUUCAUUCCCUCGGCGGUGGUGGUGAUUCUACUGCUGCUGAGAAUGGGGCGGAAGGCUGCAGGGCUCAAGAAGAGGAGCAAAUCUGGCUAUAAGAAAUCGUCUAUUGAAGUUUCAGAUGACACUGACCAGGAGGAAAAAGAUGAGUGCAUGGCAAGGCUUUGUGUCCGCUGUGCUGAGUGUCUGGAUUCAGACUAUGAAGAGACAUACUGAUGAAAGUCUGCAUGGUAGAAAAACAGAAAAUAUCCCAUUCCACUGGCUGCUAAAGCCUCUUGAGGGAAUGGAGCUGGCCUGGAUAAUGAUGAAGGAAGAUUCUGGAGCUCCUGUGUAAAGACUUUAGGAACCAUUUAUUUAUUGAAGAAAUGUUCUUUUUAUAUUUACAACUGUUUAAAACUCUUAGAAGAGACUCAUGACUUCCCCUUUUAAUAUGUUAUGCUCUAAUGGAAUGAAGAAAUUCUUCUCCUGAACAGAAAGAUAUGUUUUGGUUCACCUUCACCCCUGAAUGUAUUGCAUAUUUUCAUCCAGUUAUUUGAAGGAGAAUCCUAAAUGUUUGCCACACUACUGGUGCCAAAAUAGUAUUUUUAAUGAAGUGGAGCUUGACACUUCUUGAUGAUGUGCAAUCAGACAAAAUGCUUGCUUGGGAUAGACGUCUCUUGUUUUUUGCUUCAUGAAUAUUUUCAGCUGUGAUUUAGUAUACAGUAUACAUAAAUACUUGAUUUAAUGAUCUCA